AUGGACGGAUCUCCUCCGACUAUCAAAAGGGGGAGGUGGGAGAAUUACUUCUUGGUAACGGUAGGUCCCCCAUGGCUUGUCGAGAGCACGUGGGCUGUAUGCCGCGGCCUGGGUGGCUGGAUAGAACGACAGACAAGGAGAAGAAAAGUGAGAGAUAAGUUGGCUGCCGUCGAUAGCCCACCAUUGCAGGGCUCCGUGCAGCCGGCAAUCGCGCCGAGAGAUGAAUCGAAGAGGGUGUGA